CCAACUCGGCUGAUUGAUAUUUCAGACAAAGACAAUAUGCGAUUAGUUGAACGUGUCACCACAAGAAGCCACUACAUCGCACUUAGCCACCGAUGGAUAGAAGCUUCCAAGAUGCCGCGAUGUGUGAGCAGCAACAUCGAAUCGCUGGAGAAGAAUAUUCCUUGGUCUGCUCUUACUCGGAACUUCCAAGACGCCAUCAUAUUCAUCCAAGACUUUGCCUCAUGGUAUGCGAAAGACCACCCAGACGAGGAGCCCAUCCAAUACGUCUGGAUCGACAGCCUAUGCAUCAUCCAGGAUAGCAUUGCAGACUGGGACGCAGAGUCAAAGUUGAUGUGUUCUGUCUAUGAGGGUGCACUCCUUACUGUCGCAGCAGCCGCUGGGCCUGAUGGCUGCUUUGCUGAAGCUGAACGCGUAUACAAGGGAUUUGACAGUCUUCGUACGCCUAGCAGAUUGGAUUUGAUGACGAGGGGAUGGGUGAUGCAAGAAAGACUACUUUCCCGCAGGUUCGUCAUCUUCGCCCCAAACGAAGUCAUGUGGGAGUGCUACGAAAGCUCUCAAUGCGAAUGCGACGACAAGGGUGAGCAUGCGGCACGAAACCUCCGCAAUUGGUGGCGUCGGCUGGUAGAGAGAUACACAACCCUGGACCUGACUCAAGAGUCAGACAGGCUGCCCGCGAUAAUGGGUCUCGCAAUCCAAUAUGGCCGCCGGACAGGGCAAGAAAUGCAGGAUUACAUUGCCGGGAUCUGGAGAAAUUCUCUUCCCUUGGACUUGCUAUGGCAUACAGAGAAUCCUUCCAGCGAACCUGACUCCCAAAACUUGAAGGCCAAGGAAACGCCGUCGUGGUCCUGGGCAAGCUGCCGAAGUCAAGUCAGAAUG